AUGAUAGAUCAAUUUUAUAUAUCAACUAAUAGUCAUAGUAAUAGUAAUAGUUCAAAUGGUACAUCAUCAUCAUCAACGGCGACGACAACAACAACAACAACUACAACAACAGAACAAUUCACAGAUGAACAAAUAGCAUCAUUGGACAAGAUAGUUUAUGUGACAAGUUCACUUGGAUGUGCAGGCGCAUUGUUUAUCAUUGUAUCAUAUCUACUAUUUAAAGACAUUCGAUCGUUUGCGACAAAGUUGAUAUUCUAUCUUUCUCUUUCCGAUUUAAUGUCUGCGCUGUCGUAUCUACCGUUUGGACGUCGAAGCAAUGUAUUGUGUGAUAUGCAAGGUAUGGGAUUACUCUUCUUUUUGACGUCAUCCUACUUUUGGACCAUGUGUAUCUCUAUAUCGUUGUUUUUGGUCUUUUUCACCAACCGUUACGAACUAAACUAUCUCCUCCGCUACUAUCACUAUGUAUGCUGGGGUAUUCCUCUCUUUUCAACAUCGGUCUCUUUGAUUUUUGGCGCAUAUGGUCGGACGGGCUCAUGGUGCUUUAUCGCAGACCCAACCAGUUUCUUUAGGCUCUUUUAUUAUCUUCCUCUUAUUGUAGUUUUCUUUGUUAAUCUUGUAGUUUUUAUUUGUAUUAGAUGGAAAGUAUCACAACAUUCAAAUUCAUUAGUUUCCAAAGUUAAUAUUAUAGUAUCAUUUUAUUUGUUGGCAUUUGCAUUGUCACAGUUGCCAACGAUCAUCAAUAUCUAUGGAUUCAAUGAAGGAUUUGUCAGUCACUAUGUAGAGUUUUUCGAGCGACAUGUCUUUAGAUGUCGCAAAUCAAGAGAGAUGAGACAAAUCGAAGUCGACACUACCAGUCUCUUGGUGGAUUAUGAAAACAGUGAUGAAGAAUCAAGUACUACAAAUAUGGAUCGUUUCAUCAUUGACGAUUAUUCUUCUCAUCUUUAA